UUUUAAAAAAUGACGACAAAUGAACACGUGACUUGUAUGUCGGAACAACGCUCGUCUGGUCACACGUGAGAGGAAAAGUACCUGCUGCUGCUACAAGGAUUUUACCAUGAGUGACAGGUUCACUGUUCGGCGGACGCCAGGGGAAAGACGCCAAGACCCUGCUGUCCCAUGGGACACCCUCCCACAGGAGGCGCUAGUAAAAGUGUUUAGCUACCUGUGUGAUGGGGACAGGUUGCAAGCGUCCCUGGCCUGUAAGGCCUGGCAUAGGGUUUUAGGAAUGGCCCGCCUCUGGCGUCUCCGCAGUUUUUGUUUUCGUUGUCAGAACGAUUUCCACAUGCGGCAGGUGUGUUAUGACGGCUUCUUUCGCGAGCACGGACAGCACUUGCAGCAAGUGAUUCUGGAGUUUGCUUCACCGAACAGAGACGUUGUACGGUGCUUCCAAGCGUUCGUGGCAAAAGCGAAUGAGUGCACUGCACUCAGACUUCUAACAAUCAAGGUUCGGCUCCUCUUCUUACCCUUCGAGCUGGAGCAAUGGUCCGGUUAUCGAACAAAGAUCGUGCGAGCCCUGUGUUUGCUGCUGAAACGGCAACCGAUGCUGCAAGAGGCCGACUUUUACUUUUGCCAGUUCACACACAACGAGGGUCUGCAGGUGCUGAAGGCUGUCACUGGUGACCUGCGCUUGAAGACCAGGCGGAAUAUCACAACUCUGAGCAUUAGAGAGUUCUUCCAGCGUUCGACUCUUGACAUCAGCUUGAGCACCUUCACCGAGGUCAUGGGUCGCUUUUCCGCGCUCGCUUAUCUGCGUGUGGACCAGCACUACCUGUGUGACGCCGUCCUGGACAAGCUCAUCACCGGCUGCGCACAAACGCUGCGCCACCUGGACAUCGUGAUGAACACGACGGUGGUGCACGCCAUCGACUCGCACACCUGGUCGCUCGCUGUCCAGCGGUGUCCGUCACUGACUGUCACAGUGAGGUUACAUAAAACAUUCACCUUCGAGGAGUACUCUCGUGUGCUCGUGGCGUCAAUGCCUUUGACCAGAGUGAUUCUAUGGGGCAGGAGCGUGAUUGGUAACACAAGAUUUGCUGACGUGGCGCGUUUUCUCGGAUAUGUCUCUGACAUUUUCUUCCACACUAUCGAGGUAGUGGACGUGAAGGCUUAUAGAUUCCUGAAGGUGGGCAAUGACACUGAGGGAUACCUGGAGGUGGACGAGGCAGUCGAGAAGCUCAUCGAGACCUGUGUCCGACUGAAGCGACUUUUGUUGUGCAUCCCCCUGAUGCCAGAGACACUGGACAAACUGUCACGUGUUCUAGCCGCCCGCGCACAGAAUGAAAUGAAACGCCUGGAGGUGAAGGUUUUAGAUGAAAAGAUGUCACCAGAAUAUAUCCAGGAAAGAUGGCCAGCACUGCGUGCUUUGAGCCCUCAUGAGAUUCGUUUCGAUGAUUUUUAAAAAUUUUUAAUAAACUAAUAUUGCCUCGUUAGUUUUACUAACGACUUCUGAAUCAAGCUUUUUCUUUCUUUUUUUUCUGUUUUUAAAAGCAUAACUCAUUCAUCUUGCCUAAAAUACCUUACUUGACAAGGGACAGGUGUUUUCUACCCAAAAGAAGUCGAUGGGAGCUUAAAAGGAGUAAACGCUUGCACAACCCUCCAACUGUAAAUUGAUAAAACACGUGGAUGCUCGGCUAGCCGCUCAACUUCCGGUCUUGAAAAUCGUACGAGGGGAGAUAACCAUGAAGAAAAUGUUGACCCCGCAUGAUAAGGACUGGCACCAGCACCACUCGUGCGAGUAUUUCUACACAUGCGCAAUGGACACUAAUAAUGUGACCAAAGUUCUAGAAGGCUGCCGAACUCUGAUUAUCCGGAAACAUCUGGAACGAUUUGGAAUCAUCUGAAUGCCGACCUGAAUGACAAGAUCCACGGAGAGCUUCAUCUGGACACGACUGGCAUAAUCUGAAUACCAAGCCAACGAUGAGAUCCAAUACUGGAUCUUUCAUACCAAAGACUGGGAACAGAGAAAGUGUUUGUCGGUCAGCGUGUCCCAAGACAUAAAAAGGAUUAACUGAAUUCGUUCAAAUUCCGGGGUUGUUUGUAGGGUCGCUGUCCCACGUUCGCAUUUGUCGAUGUGUAAAUACUAUUCGGUGUCGAUUUUUAUGGGAAUCAGUCUUGAACAAAGGUGUGUGAUACUUGUAUUGGUCGCGUGGCUGCCACAAGCUCACCGACAAACAUUUCACGUGCAUCGGCGAACAUCUAGCGAAAUUUCAUUGCCAGAUCAAGGUUGUGUUGAGGAGACAAAGAGGUAGAUACACUGAGCCUAUAAAUUACUUCAUGUAUUUGAAUUUAUUGACAGUAACUUCAUUCGAAUUCAGGCUUCAACUCAGAAAAAAUAAAAUAUAUAUAAUAUUAAUAAUUGAGCUUCUAAGGCGCUUGUCCACGUGGAUGUGCGCUCAAUGAGCUACACACACGGAAGAUUACAAAACAAACGGACAAACAAAUACAUGUAUACAACAAACAUGUAGACAAAAUGAGACGAUAGAAAUGAAAGGCUGUUUAGACUCUGUAACACUAAGGAUAUAAAAGUAAAAUAUUUGCUGACCAACGUACAAUAAUUUAUC